AUGUCAGAUUCGUACUUGCCAAAGGGCUUUUUGUGGGGGUUCGCGACGGCCAGUUACCAGAUCGAAGGUGCACCCCACGAAGACGGGCGAGCUGAUUCUAUCUGGGACAUUCAUUGCCGCAUCCCAGGAAAGAUCGCUGAUGGAAGCUCUGGCGACGUGGCGUGCGACUCCUACCAUCGCACUGCAGAAGACAUUGCGCUCCUGAAAGAGUGUGGGGCGAAAGCUUACCGCUUCUCGCUCUCGUGGUCUCGUAUCAUCCCUCUUGGAGGACGGAGUGACCCUGUAAACGAGAAGGGGGUUCAGCACUAUGUGAAGUUCGUUGACGACCUCCGUGCUGCGGGGAUCGAGCCGAUGAUUACGCUCUUCCACUGGGACUUACCCGACGCUCUCAAUAAGCGAUAUGGCGGGAUGCUGAACAAAGUCGAGUUCGUAAAGGAUUUCGAGAAUUACGCAAGGGUCUGCUUCAAAGCAUUCGGGUCCAAAGUUAAAUUCUGGAUCACCUUCAAUGAGCCCUGGUGUAGCUCCAUCCUCGGCUACAGCACAGGACUUUUCGCUCCAGGGCGAACCAGCGACCGGACCAAGAGUGCGGAAGGAGAUAGCAGCACGGAGCCUUGGAUUGUGGGUCAUUCGUUUUUGAUUGCUCACGGAGCUGCCGUCAAGGCUUAUAGGGAUGACUUUAAAGCAAAGGAUGGCGGUCAGAUUGGCAUUACCCUGAACGGGGAUUGGACUGAGCCUUGGGAUCAAAAUGAUCCUGCCGAUGUCGAGGCCUGCACCCGUAAAAUCGAGUUUGCCAUCUGCUGGUUCGGAGACCCCGUAUACUUUGGCAAAUACCCAGACUCGAUGCGGAAACAGCUCGGUGAUCGUCUUCCAGAGUUCACACCCGAAGAAGCUGUUCUUGUAAAGGGAAGCAAUGACUUCUAUGGCAUGAACCACUACUGUGCCAACUACAUCAAGCACAAAGAGGGGGAGCCGGAUGUGAAUGAUUUUGCAGGCCAUCUCGAGAUCCUCAUGGAAAACAAAGCCGGAGACAUCAUCGGUCCAGAGACACAAUCUGUCUGGUUGAGGCCUAAUCCUCUCGGAUUUAGGAAACUGAUCAAGUGGCUUAGUGAUCGAUACGAUGGACCAACAUUCUACGUGACUGAGAAUGGAACGAGUUUGAAAGGUGAAAACGACUUACCUCUCGACCAACUGCUCCAGGACGACUUCCGCUGCGAAUAUUUCAAGGGAUAUAUUGGAGCUCUAGCAGAUGCUCAUGCUAAAGAUGGAGUUGACGUUAGGGGCUACAUGGCUUGGAGUCUCUUAGAUAACUUUGAAUGGGCUGAAGGCUACGAGACUCGUUUCGGCGUUACAUAUGUCGACUACACAGGCGGCCAAAAGCGGUACCCCAAAAAAAGUGCAAAACUUAUCGGGCAAAUAUUCGACCAGUACAUCAAAAAGGAGUGACACAGUUGUCGAUGGGUGUGGCGUGGCGUAGUAGUUCUGCGCGGCUGGAUAGUUCAGGAGAGGCACUACAGUAGUGUGCCGUGUGGGUUUAGGCUGCAGACAACGGUCAAUAGGUUUGGAUUUUGCGUUUCUAGCAAACUUCUAGCGUG